AUGGAAGGUCUCAAAGAUUUGCUUGCUCCUAAAACACUCCACUGGUUCAGGUAUGUGGCAAAUGUAUGUUGGAUUUUGCUCGGAAUUAUCCUAUCAGCAAUCUUUCUAGACAUUGAAAACAGCGAACCGAGAUUUGACUUUCGCUGUGGCUCAACUGGCGACAAGGAACUCAUUCGUGAAAAGUGUUACGAACAGUACGAUAAACUAUACAACAAAUUCCCUGUUUAUGGAUUCGUGAUUAUUAACUUUCUUGUAACUGCAAGUGUUUGUGGAAUAUACUCACAAGCGGUGAAGUCGAAAGUUGAGGAACUUGAAAACAACACUGCCAACACUAGAAACGAGGAUGAUGAUGCAGAAGGGCAAACUCCCCGGAAAAAGCUAUUCAAAGCGUACUGUUUGCAACUUCUUGCCAGAUUUGUUCUUGGGAUUGUCUUUGUCAUUCUGCAGACCAAAGUACUUUAUCCUCUCAGCUUUCCUUCGAACUUUAACUGCAAAUUAACGAGAGACGGGAAGUUUUCAGACAUCGCGGCCAGUUCGUCUCACAACGUUACACAAACGGAAACUUCAUACGAAUGUCAUAAUCAACGAGCAGCUAAGAAGACCUUCUGGGCUGAUGCCGUGAUCGUUGUAACUGGAGUGUUCGCGUUUCUUGUUUUUAUCGAGUCUCUUUAUUUGUUAUGGCGUACAAAAAAGGUAGAAAGGUUCACGGAGGACCCGAAAUUUCAUAAAUGUUAUCUGAGUUCGAAUCAGUCAGCUGUCCUUCCUGCAGAAUCGGAAGAAUUAGACACCGUCAACGGCUAUCAAUGACACAAAUUCACCAUCUACCUCUCCAAUUGACAACGAGUCCCCGUCAGAACAGCAACAGCAAGAGUUUAACAGUCCAUCAGUAGCCACUUUCAUUGAAAGUAUGAAGGAACAUGUCCUAAGAGUCACCGAACAACGAUACGUAGAUCCUGCUACACCUUUCCACCUUAAUCCGGGUGAAGGCUCGAAAACUGAUCUAAAGCUUGACCACAUCUACACCGAUUUGAUUAUUCAUGAAAACAGAGCUCUGUAUCAAUUUAGUGGAAAUAGAGAGGAACAACUAAAAGAAUACCUCAGAACCAGAGAAAAGUCAUCACCAACGCUGCCGGGAGAUAUUUUUGAUGCUAAAAAACGGAAAAUUCUUGUUGUCGGUCGUCCUGGAAUUGGAAAAACUAUGUUUUGUAAAAAGAUUCUGCGCAAUUGGGCAUCCAAUAACCUGUUCAAUGAUGCACAGAGAUCUGAAAUGGAUUUCAAACUCGCUUUCCUCAUUAAGUUUAGGAAGUUUAACAACUCAAACAAAAAACUCAAUCUUCGCAAACUCCUGGACGCAUCGGAGUAUUGUAAACCUCUAUCCGAUGACGUUUGGCACAACAUUAUCGAAAACCCAGACAAAGUACUCGUUAUAUUCGAUGGAUUUGACGAAUAUUCCGGAAAGGCUAAAAUCAAUGUCGAUGACGUUUCGAUCAAUAACAAUGUAGAAGACUCGAUGCCUCUUCAUUCCCUGUACAAGAAUAUAUUAUGCGGAAAAGCCCUUUCCGGUGCUACAGUCUUAACGACUACAAGACCAACUGCCGUGUCAUUCUUCCAACCGCCCAUUGCGUUUGAAAGAACAGUUGAAAUUCUGGGCUUUACAUCUGCAAAGGUGGAAGAAUAUGUGGAGAGCUUCACAGAAGGUGAUGUUGACAAAGCAGAAACCAUAAAGCAACACAUCAGAAGUAACCCCAACCUCCAAUCGUUCUGCUACAUUCCUGUCAAUUGUUUCAUUAUUUGUUCGUGCUUGUUACACUUGCUGAACUCACCCGUCUCCAGCUGCCUUCCUACAAGACUAACCGAACUAUACUCCAUAGCCAUCAAGAUUUUUUUACUUUUGUCACGAUGAUAUCAAAAGCCGUUACAGAUCACAUAAAGCUCAACAGUUUUAUCUAAAGCCGUUUAAUGCGUUACCUGAACAUGUGCAGUUGUUGUUUAAGAGACUGGGAAAAAUUGCUUUGAAAGGAAUCAAAGAAGGAAGACUCAUUUUCGAAUCAGGCGAGGUCGAUGACCAAGAAAACAAUGCUUUGUUCCACCGUUUACCUGAUAGUUUUAGCGGUUUAACGGAAGGACGAGCACAAUAUUGUUUUUUACACCUGACGAUACAGGAGUUCUUAGCGGCGAAGUAUUUGGUGGACACGUACAGUUCCGAAGACCUGCAGAAGUUUGUUUCCGAUCACAUCCAAGAUGGCGCGUGGAAGGUUGUGAUGCAGUUUGUGGCUGGACUGCUGGCUGAAAAAGAAGGACAGUCAACAGAUAUUUUCAGCGACCUUCUCCCCUCAAAAACUGUUACUGAAGAAGUUGAAAUCAAGAUGAAUGAAGAUUCAGAGAAACGAACUGAAACACUGACCUGUUGGCCAGCUGACUAUGAAGACAGGUUAUUAGUGGUGACGCUAUUCAAUUGCAUGUAUGAGAACAAAGCCUCUGAUCGAGAAGUUCAAAAGAAACUGGCGAAAAUUGGUUGUAAUGCGCUUCAUUUUAGUUCCUGUAACCUGUCACCUCUCGACUGUUUAGCAUUAGUGCAUGCACUUAAAUCUGUUGAAGGAAUUUUGGAUUUUAAUUUAAUCGGCAACAACCUUCAGUCGCUAGGAUGUAUUGAGAUUGCGAAGUUGUUACCUGGCAACAAACACAAUCAGGGUUUUUGCGAACUAAAAAGUUUAAACCUCGAUGGCAACAACACAACUGAUGAAGCAAUUAAACAUUUAUGUACAGCACUCACACACACUAACUGCAAACUAAACAGCUUAAGCCUCGCGGAUAACAACAUAACUGAUGAAGGAGUUAAAGAUUUAUGUACAGCACUCACACACACUAACUGCACACUAAACCUCUUAAACCUCGCGCUUAACAACAUAACUGAUGAAGGAGUUAAACAUUUAGCUACAGCACUCACACAUACUAACUGCACACUAAACGGCUUAAACCUCUCGAGUAACAACAUAGCUGAUAAAGGUAAAGAUCUCCUAAAGUCAAUAAACGUAAACUGUAAAGUAUCUUUCUCACUUUUUGGAUUUUGA